UAAUUAUGAACAUCAGUUAUUCUGCAGACUCCAAUCGAUGCGACGCGGGUGGUGUUUUUAUUUUUUCUUUAGGUGAAAUGUGUCCUGGGAUGGGUUUUGUCGGGGUCAGGAUGCCGAUGAUUGCUCACCUUGGGAUUCGAUUUUACUGAUAUAUGAUAUAUGAUAUAUGAUAUAUAGAUAGACAACGUCAUUUAAGGGAUAUUAUAUCUUCGAGUAUGAUGUCAGCCCGGUUUACUUGCCUCGCUUACGUCACUCUGAUCCUCGUUACGCUUCUCCUGAUCCUCGUAGCGCCAGAAAUCCGAGCGCUCAGGAUGACGGAGUUGCAGAUACCAGAGCACGUGGUUUUCAAUCAGACCGUCACUCUUCAGUGCAAUUUUAAUCUCGACCAGGAAUUUUUAUACUCCGUAAAAUGGUACAAGGAUGGCAACGAGUUUUACCGAUACGUACCAGGCGUGACUCCGCCUGUCCAGGUCUUCGAGCUUUCCGGCGUCUCCGUCGACAUCGCAAACUCUACGGAAAAAUCGCUCGUUUUACGCAACGUCGAUUUGUCGAGCACUGGACGAUAUCGCUGCGAAGUUUCCGCCGAAGCCCCGUCCUUUCAAACUGUAUCAGAUCACGCGGACAUGGUGGUAGUCGUUCUGCCGAGUAAAGGACCCCACAUAUCCGGAGGUCGUUCACGUUAUCAGGUUGGGGACACCGUCAGGCUGAACUGCACUUCUGCCCCAUCGAAACCUGCCGCCAUGCUGACUUGGUUCAUAAACGGAGAACCCGCGGACGCGAAAUAUUUGAAAGGUCCUCCUCACAUCACGGGUGUCGACGACAGAGGAUUGGAAACGGCGAUGUUGGGUCUCCAGUUUCACGUAACACCGAAACACCUGAAGCGUGGUGACAUGAACCUCAAGUGUCUGGCCACAAUCGCGACGGUAUACUUGCAGAGCAAGGAGGAAAGCGUUAAGGGCGUCGGCGUACCUGCACCAGGAUAUUCUGACCCCGAUGAUCGCAACAACGCCCUAAAAGCCCCCGAAAGUAGGGAAACUCGGGCGCAGAGUCACACCCGCAACGAUCUCGCCCACGGUUCCAGCGGUGAAUUCGUUCCGGAUUGGUUGUCAUUUCUAUUGCCAGCAUUAGCGGCGAUUUUUUUAACACGAUAAUAUUUACCGCUGCACGUACUUCCGUUAUACGUACAACAUCGUGCCGGAUAUCUAUAUAAUACAUAUAGAUAUUAUAUGUAUCAUAAUAAAUACAUGUCAAAGUGAAUCACAAAUAAUCGUUAAUAAAUAAAUUACGUAAGUAUAAUCUAUAAAUGCAGAUACACAUUUAUAUAUAUAUAU